GGCGCUUUGAGAACCAAAAAUCUCUUCAGUUUCAUCCGACCGAAAAUUUGAGGAAAAAACAGCGUUUUCUCGUUGAUUUAUUUACGUCAAGGUGAAGAUUCCUACACUUUCAGAAAUCAUGGUUGAUUUCAAAAACAUGUCCUGUUGGUAGCUAGCGCCUUUUGCUGUUUUGAAUCACUUCUUGGUGUUCAGAAAAAGAUGGCAGACUCCUUACCAUUCAAUCAUGAAGCUUUGAUGAGUCGGCAUGACACCGGCUACAGCGAUGGAGAAGUCAGCUAUAUGUCAGAUGAUAGUAGCUGCGAUGGUGAUCACCGAUACUGCAGCGAAGACCACUCGAAGGGGAUCUUGGAAGGACUAGAUAGCUUGCGGCAAGAAGGCCGAUUCUGUGAUGUGAGGAUCUGUGUUGAGGAUCGUGAGUUUCCGUGCCAUCGGGCAGUGCUUGCUGCAUAUAGUGCAUAUUUCCGAGCCAUGUUUUCCAGUGAACUCAUGGAGAGUAAGCAAGAUAAAGUCACCUUGAAUGGUGUUGAGGCGCAGAUGAUUUCAUUAUUGAUUGACUAUGCAUAUACCGGAGAGAUCCUUCUGACCAAGACCAAUGUCCAAUCCCUCCUAGCGGCAGCAAGCCUCUUGCAGGUUUUACCCGUGCAAGAGGCAUGCUGUAAAUUCAUGGCUAAAAAUAUGGACGAGUCAAACUGUUUGGGUAUUUGGUGUUUUGCUGAACAAAUGUCUUGUACGGCUUUACAGAAGAAAGCAAAAAACUUCACGCUGCUUCAUUUUAAAGAUGUGUAUGCAUCAGAAGAGUUUGGCAGCCUUCAGCAUACAAAGUUAACAGAACUGAUCUCAAGUGAUGAAUUAGAGGUGGAUAAUGAAGAACUCGUUUACAAUGCUGUUGUUAGGUGGCAUGAGAGUGACGUUGACUGCCAUAAGGACCAAUUUGAGUUGGUCUUCGAACACAUACGCCUACCGCUCAUCAGUCCAUACUUCAUGUUCGAUUGUGUCGAGAAAUAUCCUGCCGUUGUCAGUUCAAAUAAAUGUCGCCAGUUAGUGGAAGAGGCCAAAGUUUACCAUUUGUUACCAGACAGACGCUCAGAACUACGCUCAGCAAGGACGAGACCAAGAAAAGCUUCAGAUACAGUUGAAGUGGUUGUCGCGGUUGGAGGAGAAGACGAUAAAGUUGUCUUGCGAAGUGUUGAGAGUUACAACCCCCAAGUGAAAGAAUGGAGAACGUUGGCGUGUCUUCCUUUUGCUGUCAGUAAACAUGGUUUAGUUGUUUCAGGAAAUAAUCUGCUGUAUCUUGCUGGUGGUGAGUUUCCUGACGGUUCUGCCAGCAAGGCUUUCUGGAGGUAUGAUCCGACUAUGGAUACCUGGCAACAAAUGGAAUCCAUGAACGUACCAAGAUCCGAGCUAGGACUAGCUAUGUUGGAUGGCCAUGUCUAUGCUGUGGGUGGUUGGGAGGGAUGUUCUCGACUUGACAGUGUUGAGUUCUACGAUCCCAGUACUAAAGUUUGGAAGUUCGUUGCAAAUAUGAAAAUGGCGGUGACAAGUCCUGCUGUUGUUGUGUUAGAAGGCCGCCUCUACGUAACUGGAGGGGCUGUGCUAGAAGAUGGAGAUGGAAUUGACCUUGUUCAGAGUUACAACCCGAAGAAUAACACCUGGACACAGCUACCGUCCAUGUUAAUUGCUCGAUCAGGAUCUGCUGCUUGUGUGUUGAAUGGGCGUAUAUAUGUCAUAGGUGGAUGGCAUGCUUCCACUGAGAACACCAACAAGGUGGAGAGAUACAAUCCACGAAAACGUGAAUGGGAGAGCCGGAAUCCAAUGAAUGAGCGGCGAUACCGACCAGGGGUUGCUGUGGUUGAUGGCAAGAUAUAUGUGCUGGGUGGCGAAGAGGGCUGGGACAGGUACCAUGACACUAUUGAAUGCUACGACGAAGCUAAAGAUUUGUGGAGUGUCAUUGGAGAGAUGGCGUCGAGUAGGAGCUGGUUAAGCUGCGUGUGCAUGCGCGUUAAACAGAAGAAAGAACAAGAUGGAAUGGCCAGUGUUGUUUAGGAGACAUGAACAAUAUCUAGGUGAUGUGGCGGUUCAUUCAGUGCUAAGAAUGAAUGUCCUAAACUUCAGUACAGAUGCGUAUAUGCUGAUGCCCAAAGUCCCUUUGUAUGUACGCAAAACAAUCAACAGUUGAUACUGGUGUUCAUGAUGUAGUCAGUGGCACAGACACGUGUGUUCUUUUUAUUAUGUUUGAUACAAAAAUGUAGCAUUAGUAUCUAUGGGUAUGUGAUACCAUUCUCAACCACUGUGUUCAUUAUUCAUCUAUCUAAAUGAGAUAUCUUUUAUGACAAGCAAGAAUAAAAAAGAUAACUUGCCUUUAUUCUUGAAAACCGCUAAAAUAAAAAGUAUAUGUAAAUCUGUACAUAACAAUACAAUAAA